CCCAGCCUGAAUAUCAGCCCAGUUGUUAAUCAACUAGUGAUUCCUGCAUUUAUUUUCGUCAUCCCCGCUGUUUUGCCUUUCCCCUGCACUCUUCCCCUCAUCUCUUCCUUCCGUCCUUCUGUUUCUUCCUCUCGUCAACUACGAUAACACAACCUCACGAUUGACGACUCACUUUCCAGCAGAGAUGGGCUACAGAAAUGAGCCCCUCUCGAAGGAGGGCUACGCGACCGAUGUGCUCACUGCGGAAGAGAGCACCAUCCAGGUUCCCGGGGACAAUGAGCUGCACCGCGCGCUCAAGGCUCGUCACAUUACCAUGAUCGCGAUCGGUGGAGCCAUUGGAACGGGUCUCGUCAUCGGAACCGGAUCUGCCCUCGCAAAAGCUGGUCCGGCCUCGAUUCUUAUCUCCUACUCAAUCGUCGGUCUGGUGGUAUACAUGGUGAUGUGCGGUCUGGGCGAGAUGGCUGCCUGGUUGCCUCUGCCCUCUGGGUUUACGGGCUACGCGGUUCGGUUCUGUGAUCCGGCGUUGGGCUUUGCGAUGGGUUAUACGUACUGGUUCAAAUACAUCAUUGUUACUCCCAACCAACUGACGGCGGGCGCACUCGUGAUAUCCUACUGGGUCGAUAAAGAACGAGUCAAUCCAGGCGUCUGGAUCACCAUAUUCCUCGUCUUGAUCGUCUCGAUUAACUACUUCGGCGUGCGCUUCUUCGGCGAGUUCGAGUUCUGGCUCUCCUCGUUCAAGGUCAUCGUCAUCCUCGGACUGAUCCUGCUGUCGUUCAUCCUCAUGCUGGGCGGUGGGCCCGACCACGACCGCAAAGGGUUCCGCUACUGGAAGAAUCCCGGGGCGUUCAACACCUACAUCGACGACGGGGCUGCCGGCCGCUUCUAUGCCUUCUGGGCGACGAUGGUGUCUGCCACGUUCGCCUACCUGGGCACCGAGCUGGUGGGAGUGACGGUGGGCGAGGCGGAGAACCCGCGCAAGACGAUCCCCAAGGCCAUCAAGCUGACCUUCUACCGCAUCGUGGUGUUCUACAUCCUCAGCGUGCUCCUGGUCGGCACCCUGGUCCCGUACGACUCGGAAGAGCUCAUCUUCGCGACGACGCAGUCGUCCUCGGCGGCCGCCUCGCCGUUUGUGGUGGCCAUCGUGCUAGCGGGCAUCCCGGUGCUUCCGCACAUCCUCAACGCCUGCAUCCUGCUAUUCGUCUUCUCGGCCGCCAAUUCAGACCUCUACAUCGCCACGCGCACGAUCUACGGCCUAGCACGGGAGAACAAGGCGCCCCAGUUCCUGGCCAAGACCGACCGCCGAGGUGUGCCGAUCUACGCCCUGGGCCUGUGCGCCGCGAUCGCCUGCAUCGCGUACAUGAAUGUGUCGUCAGACUCGAAGGUGGUGUUUGGCUACUUCGUCGAUUUAGUGACAAUCUUCGGGCUAUUGACCUGGGUAUCCCUGCUAAUCACGCACAUCUACUUCGUGCGGGCGCGGCGCGCGCAGAACGUGCCCCUAACGGACCUGGCGUACCGGGCCCCGUUCGGGGUAUGGGGCUCGUACGCGGCGCUCGUAUUCUGCGUGCUCAUCUGCCUGACGAAGAGCUUCGACGUGUUCACCCACAACAAGAAAUGGGGCAACUUCAACUACAAGACCUUCAUCACGGCGUACCUGGGCAUCCCGCUGUAUCUGUGUCUGAUCGGCGGGUACAAGCUGGUGACGCGCUGCUCCGGCGUGGAUCCGUACCAGGCCGAUCUGUGGACGGGCAAGGAUGUCGUGGACGCGGAGGAGCGCGCGUAUCUGCGGCGACGGGCGGCGAUGGAGGAGCGGCACCAGGGCGCGAACUGGUUCUAUCGCAAGUUUGUGGCGUGGUUGUUCUAG